AUGGUUUCCGGAUUCCUUUCUGUUCAUUUAAUCAACGAUAUUGGAGGAUCUAUCAUCAGGUUGCUUAAUUUUUCAAGACACGGCGUGUUGAAAAACAUUUCAUCAGCUCUCAAACCCUUAAGCGAGAAAUACACAGAAGACAAAGGAAUCAAAUCUAAAACGAAGCCAAUGGUGGAAAAGAAAGGUCUUGGGAAGGAUAAACAAGGAAUCUUGAGAAGAACUCCAUCAAUUGGGUUAAAAAGUUGUUCCUACUAUCGUAAGGACGGUUGCUCACUUGGUGAUGCCAAGUCUAAGUAUGAGGAGAAAGCAGCGAUUUCGAGGAAGGAAAGAAGAUAUUUCAAAUCCACAAGGAACCAAUGGAUCUUGCUAUCCAACUGUUGUUCAUACUUCAUCUUCCUGGAGCAAGCAUAUGAAAGUGGCUUGAAAUACUCAAGGGAGGCUUUUGGUGACUUUAAAGAUGGGUCAUUUGAUCAUGAGAAAUGUGAUUCCUUUGACUAAUCAAACUUUGUUGACCUAGAUUGGACAAAUGAAAGGUGUUAAAACUUCACCAUUGAACCCUUCCCUCUGUAUUGUAUGCAAUUUACAUUAGCCAUCUCCUUCAAUGAUGUACAACCAAAAAAUUACCUUGGAGCAUACGCUAUAACAUUGUACUUUGUUUCGUUUCAAAAAUAGUAGAAUGCAAAUCCAACCCCGCAAAGCGGGGAUUCUUCACUAGUU